AUGUCCGCAUUCGAUAAACCGACCAACCGUUUUCAUUUCUUGGGUGACGACACUCCGGAGCCGUCGGACCGGCGACCGAAGCCGCAGGAUGCUUCGCUGGAAGAUGCCGAGUUGCUCGACGCCUACUCCCGCGCGGUGGUCAACGUGGUCGAGCAGGUCUCGCCCGCGGUGGUGGGGCUGCGGGUGGUCGACGAGCGUGGUCGCGAAGGUGCCGGCUCGGGCUUUUUGAUCACGCCCGACGGGUAUGCGGUGACCAACAGUCACGUGGUCGACGGCAAGCAGCGGCUGCUGGCCACCACCGAAGACGGCGAUCGCAUCGAAGCCCGGGUUAUCGGGGACGACCCUUCGACCGACCUGGCCCUGAUUCGUCUCUCCGCCCGCGAGUUGCCGUUCGCCAAGUUGGGCGACUCCGACGGUCUGCGCGUCGGGCAACUGGUGAUCGCCAUGGGGAACCCGUUGGGGUUCCAGUCGACGGUUUCCACUGGCGUGGUCAGCGCGUUGGGGCGGGCGAUGCGGAGUCGUGAGGGGCGGCUUAUCGAAAGCGUGAUUCAGCAUGCGGCUCCCAUUAACCCCGGCAACUCGGGCGGGCCUUUGGUCGAUUCGCAGGGACACAUCGUCGGCGUGAACACGGCGAUCAUCGCGUUCGCCCAGGGCAUUGGGUUCGCCGUUCCCUCGAACACGGCCCAGUGGAUUGUGGGCGAGUUGAUGUCGCACGGCGAAGUGCGCCGCCGGCAGCUCGGCAUCGCGGCCGUGUCUGUGCAACUCCCGCGACGGGUGGUGCGCGACCUCGACUUGCUGACCGACAGCGCCGUCGAAGUGGCCGACCUGGCCCCGAACGGACCCGCCCAUGCGGCCGGCAUCGAACGCGGCGACCUGAUCGUCGCCGUACAAGGCCGACUGAUCGCCAACGUCGACGACAUCCACCGCGUGCUCACGCUGCUGCCGCUCGACCAACAGCUCGCACUGACCAUCGUCCGCGAUGGAGUGAAGCUGGAAGUUGAGAUUGGGCAGUAA